AUGAGUGAAGAAUCGAUCGGCAACCCUGCUGCCAGCGAUGGCGGAACCACCCGUGCCGGCACGACAGAUUCUCGCAAUGGCGGAGGCAUUCCACAGCACACGUCCGCGAUGUCGGCUUUCUUAAGAGUGUUUUCUUACGGCACACCAACCAUUUAUCUUCUUCAAGCAAUUGCCGCCAUCGCGGCAUGCGGCUCUGGGGUCGCCCUCGCCAUGGUCAAUCUCGUCCUCGGAAACUUCAUCAGCCUGUUAAGCGGGUUCAGCUCGGGCAACGACGUCCCUGAUGACUUUAUGUCGCUGGUUUCUAAGCAAUCACUUUACUUUGUAUACAUAGGAAUCGCUCGCUUCGGUUGCAUCUACAUCUACUCGACAGCCAUGACAUAUACCGCUCUACGACUGGGCCGCAAUCUGCGACGCGACUACAUGCGUUCCGCGCUUCGUCAGGAAAUCAGUUUCUUCGACUUCGGCAGCGUAGGAUCAAUAUCCAUGCAGGCUACCUCAAAUGGCCGAUUGAUUCAAUCUGGCACCUCGGAAAAGCUGGGGCAGAUGAUCCAGGCUACUGCAACCUUUGUCGCGGCAUUCAUCAUUGCGUUCGUGAGCCAGUGGAAGCUCACACUCAUAUUGAUCUGCAUUGUGCCGGCUUUGAUCCUCAUGGUCGGGACUGCUGGUGGUAUCGACGCAGGCAUCGAGACAAGCAUUCUCAAGGUCUACGCUCAAGCCGGUGCCUUCGCCGAAUCAUCACUGGGAAAUAUCCGGGCCAUCAAAGCCUUCAGUCUAAGUUCAAGGAUCGUUGAUCAGUACACCAAGUACCUGGACGAGGCCCGUACCUUGGGCCAAAAGAAGAAUGUUCUGUACGGCCUUCUAUUUGCCGGAGAGUACUUUGUCAUGUUUGCCGGCAUGGGUCUUGCCUUUUGGCAGGGCAUCACGAUGAUUGCUCGCGGAGAGGUUGACGAUAUCGGUACGGUUUUUACUGUGCUUUUCUCUGUCGUGAUUGCCGCAGCCAUGUUGAAUUCUGUUGCUCCCAACAUGGUGACUUUUACCAGAGCGGCGACAGCCGCCUCCGAAUUGUUCUCUCUUAUUGAUCGCAAAUCGAAUAUUGAUCCAUUUGAUCCUGCGGGACAUACCAUUGCUGAGGUUGACGGAUCGAUCAACAUCCGCGGACUGUCUUUCAGCUACCCAACUCGACCGGAUAUCACUGUGCUGGAUGAUUUCAGCCUCUACAUUCCCGCCGGAAAGGUUACGGCUCUCGUGGGAGCUAGUGGUUCAGGAAAAAGUACGAUCAUCGGACUGCUAGAAAGGUGGUAUAACCCUAGCAGCGGCGAGAUUACCCUCAACGAUAGGCCUCUUUCAGCACUCAACCUGCAGUGGCUUCGUACAAAUAUGAGACUGGUUCAACAGAUAAAGGAACCUGUGCUCUUCAAUGGUACCGUGUUUGACAAUAUUUCCAACGGUCUCGUUGGCACUGCGUGGGAACACGAGACUCGAGACGAGCGACUGGUACGGAUAAAGGAUGCGGCUAAGACGGCAUUCGCGCACGACUUCAUCGAGAACCUCCCGCAAGGAUAUGAAACGCGCAUCGGUGAGAGGGGAGGUCUGCUCUCCGGCGGCCAAAAACAGCGUAUUGCUAUUGCACGAAGUAUCAUCUCGCAACCCAAAAUCCUUCUGCUGGACGAAGCGACCAGCGCCCUGGACCCGCACGCCGAGGAAAUUGUUCAGAAAGCACUGGAUGAGGCGUCGAAAGACCGGACCACAAUCGUCAUCGCGCACAAGCUCAAGACCAUUCAAGCUGCGGAUAACAUUGUAGUCAUGAAGCAAGGAAAGAUUGUCGAACAAGGCCAGCACCAAGACCUCGUUACCCUAGGCGGUGCAUACGCAGUUCUCGUCAAGGCUCAGGAUCUGUCACUCAACGAGAAGGCAAAUGAAUCUGAAUCGGACCAAGAAGAAGAUCGCAAUGACUCGACCCUUGAAAAGACUCAUUCACUGGGUGGGCACGAUACGCUUGCGCAUCAAAACUUGAUCUCGCUCAGCAAGCGAGAAGAUUAUGAGCUCGCCAAAACUUCUGGCAUCUUGUCUACAGCUGCGAAGCUUGUCAAGAGCACACCUGAUCUACGGUGGUGGUAUGUUCUUGCCCUGUUCACAAGCAUUUUAGGAGCUGGUGUGUACCCUGGCCAGGCCCUUUUGUUGGGCAAGGUCAUGGACGUGUUUUACCCCGAGCUGGACCAAAGCCGCGGCAAUUUCUUUGCACUCAUGUUCUUCAUAAUGGCCAUCUGCCUUCUGUUUGUCUACAUGGCCAUGGGGUGGGUCAGCAAUCACAUUGCUCAGGCUUAUGGCCACGAUGUGCGCAAGCGAAUGUUUGCUGCCUACCUACAACAAGACUUGCGCUUCUUUGACCGCCCCGAGAAUACGAUAGGCGCCUUACGAGCCGACUCGAUUCCGACGCGCAUUCUUAUUUGCUCAGUUCUUUCCAUCGUCGUGUCAUGGAAACUCGGUCUUGUGGGCGUUUUUGCUGGCAUUCCUCCCAUGAUUCUUGGUGGUUACAUUCGCAUCAGGGUCGAAACGAAGAUGGACGCCGAUAUUGAUGCCAAGUUUUCGAAAAGCUUCACGAAGGCAAACUCUUCUGCAAACUAUUUCUUCUGGCUUUGCGGCCUGGAAGCCACUGUCAGGGAGACGGACCAAAACGCAAAUGUCGUACCUGCGAACGGCUGCACAUCCUACGAUCUCGAUGGUGUGCAGUUCUCAUAUCCUCUUGCUCCUGAUAACCGUGUGCUCAAGGGCGUAUCAAUGACCAUCCGUCCAGGACAAUACGUUGCUUUUGUGGGGGCCUCGGAGUGUGCAAAACGACAGCGUAUAGCAAUUGCUCGAGCACUUAUUCGCAAUCCGAGGGUCAUUCUCCUGGAUGAAGCCACAAGUGCUUUGGACACCGAGUCCGAAAGAAUAGUGCAAGCCGCUCUGAUGGAAGCUGCUUCAACCGACAACAAGAUCACGAUUGCAGUUGCUCAUCGUUUGUCAACAAUCACAAACGCAGAUCGUAUUUUCGUCUUCUAUAGCGGACGAAUUGUUGAGGCGGGGACACACUCAGAACUUCUUGCCCGGGGCGAAGCACACUCUGUGUGGAUCUCUGGGUCGACUGUUUCUUUCUAG